AUGAAGAGGAUAUACAUUGGCUUGGCACUUCUCUAUUGCACGGUGCUGAAUGUACUGCAUGCGCUGUUAAAGAAGUGUGAUGGGGGGACAAAGAAGGACCCUCUUCAUCAUAAAAGAAUUGGUUACAUCUCCUUCCUCGAGAAGCAAAAUACAGCAAACAGUGUCCACCUCAAACACAUAACACUAAUAAAGAGGAAGAAAAAAAAGUUCAUUCUUUCGAAGAAAAAAAGAGACGCCAAUAUGUUAAUUACGGUGCGCCCUUCGCAGCAGGAGGGUGAGAACGGACUCAGGAUGAGUAGUCCCCCCCUGUGCAUGCUCAGUCAGGAUUGCCAGGACCCCUCCGAUGGGACAAACGGCCAAUCGGGUGGAAGUGGCAAAGACGGUGGAGGGGGUGAGGCCGACGCCCCCAGCAGGGGUGAACCGCAGAGGCAGUUGCAGCCCGUCAGUGAGGCUCUGUCCCCCAGUUCCCCAGGGCACGACGACGGGGAUGACGUAGAAGAUGACCAACACGAAAGGAAGAAGAAGAAAAAAAAAAGGAAGGAGUCAAAGGGGGGGAGCGAUAACCCCGCUGAGGAGCAAAGCAACCACGAUGGAGACGAAGACGUGCUGAACGUGGACCCUUCACAGUACGACGAACAGCUGUCCAAAUUAACCAACUCCUAUUUGAAAAAAGCCGAUACGAUGGACAAGAAACAGCUAGCUGGUCUGGACAAGGAAAAAAUGAUGCAGGAGUACAAUCGGUUGGUGCAGAUUCUUAAAGAAAGUACACAAAAAAAAAUGGCCCAAUAUGAAGGGAACGAAAAAAAAAACAUCUACGAGCUGAAUGAGAGAGUUAUUAACAGCUCACGGAAGCUCAACCUGGAAAAGAUGAAAAGGGAGAUUGAGAAAUCCUUCACCCCCAAUGACGCUCUGGAGAAAAAAAUCCGCGACUACAUGUAUGUGUUUACGCAGUCGGGGGGGGAGGAGACGCAGCGAGGCAGGUCGCCCGAAGGUACUACAAGUAGUUCCACUUCGAAUGGAUCCACUACGAAUGGAUCCACCACAAGUGACUCUACACCAGAUGGUACGUCGAAGGGCACCGCGGGGGAUACCAACACCCCCCAGGGUGAACUGCUCCAGGAGGACGAGGAAAAGGAAAACCGAGAAAUCCUGAAGCGGGUGUCCAGGGGGGACUACAGCGGAGUGGACAAAUUCCACUUCAAAUUCUCUGCCAAGGAUCUGGACCGGAUGAAGGAUAUCGAAUCCACGGAGGAAGAAUCAGCAGAGGAGCGAAAAAUUGUCGACGCUGCAUUUGACAGGAUAAUGAAAGACAACGCCGUGGUGAAGGAGCUCAGGGGGAAGGAGGAGGCCUUCCUGCAGGCGUACGAGCGGGGGAGGAGGGAGAAUAAAAUCGAGCGGGAUGAGCAGAUUGAAAAUUUGAAAUAUUACAAUGAGAUGCAGAAGCAGAGGCAAGGGGGUGGCCAAGGUGGAAACAUUGGUGAGACAACCAGCGGGAUAACCCCUGCAGAACGUGCUGGUAACACCCCGCCCGGCGAACUGAUCGACAGGAAAAUUUUCUUCAACAGAGUGUCCUCCAAAUUCGUAGACAUCAAAAAGGAGGACAUCGAAGAAAUGAGCGAAGCGCAAGUGAGAGACGAACUGAGGAAGAGGGGAUACCCCACCUUCGGUUCGAUCAAAGAGGUUAGAAUGAGACUACAGGACGUUAUGCGCAUAAGGAAGAACCACGAAUACGACGUGAGGACGAUUUUAAGGAACCCCGAAAAACAUGUCCUCUCUCACAUACGGUUAGACAAAUUGAAGGAAACCUUAAAGGACUUUAAGGAGAACGCGCGUUACGGAGACACCGAGUCGAAGAUUAAGCAGCUCGACGCCGCCAUGGAGAUUUCCAACUUUGUUAACGACCCGGUCGAUUACCUACGGAUAGACACCACGGAGAAGUUUGCGGGGAUAGCGGAAGAGCAUCCAUAUGGAGCACCACCUACCAGUGGAGGAUAUCCACCUGAAGAGGAGGAGGAGGAAGAUCUGUCCAAAGUUCCCAUCGUCAAUGACUGCAACAUCAGUGAGCAAAUAGCCAUGGCGGAAAAACUCAGAAAAAACUUCACCUUAGAAGGAGAUGAAAAACAACCAGACCAAGUGAUCCAAUAUGGAAGUGAAGAAGAGAGCGAGUCUACAUUCGCAUCCCCUUCAUUGGAAAGCCAACUACAGGAACAAAAGGAGGAACUGUGCAGAAGGGAAGUCCUCAAAUAUGGGGGUCUACAAGAAACAGUAGAAGAGUUCCACUCCAAGCACGGCUUACCGCUAGACUUCAUCGGAGACUUCAUCUGUAAGGUGUCUAGCCAAACUGCGCACAGCAUAAAUAGGUAUAGGAAAAAGAGGAAGGAAGAGUUGGAAGCACUGGAGAAAAAUGAAUUAGAGUUACUCAUCUCUGGUCAUUCCAUUAACAGGAAUUUUAUUGUUUACAAGUUUGUUGAUACGAAUGAGCUGAUUAGUAAGUACCUCACGACGAAGGACAUCGUGACGUUAAUCGAAUAUAGCAACAUGGCUGACCCGGUAGAUGUAAUAAAUUUUUACUCCCCAGAGACUAUAUUCAUGCUGAGUGAGGAGUAUGGAAUUACUGUGGAUAGGGUGAUUGACACAUGUACUCGCCUGAACAUUCGACUACCCUUCGGAGGAGACACGCACCUCAACGGGGAUUGCUUUAACGUGCUCACCACGCACUUGGCGCGUAUGAGGAGUGAGGACAAGCGGAUAGGCACCCCAAGGGGGUAA